AUGGGAAUGGGCGUGCGCUCGUGCAUUCAGUUUUUGUUACUUAGUACUCUAUGCGCAGGUAAUGUGCAUGACAGCAUAUAACUGAACAUACAAAUAUAAUUCGAUAGUUAGAUUUUGACUCCGUGGCAUAUGCCGCCGAAUAUUCGAAGUCAAAAUCCAGUAGCACAAUGUGGCAUAUAUGCAUAUAUGCCACUUCAUCGAGACAUUUUAGCAAUACAUUAUUGACUGCGGUAAAAGUUAAAAUACUUUUUAAUUUUACAAACACAAUUAGUCCUGUCAGUAAUGGUCCUGAGAAAAUUCUUAUUAGAAUAUUUUAUUUGCAGCUAGUUUUUGCGAUGGCGAACCGAGUGUGUCGGUAGGCAAGCUGGCUGAAGCGUACGUCAAACUAUGUAUAUAAUCUAUAACAUAUAUACCAAUAUUUUGUAAAUUUUUCUAAUCAUUUACAUUAUUACUCCAACCAAACAGUGUCCGUUUAUCAUCGUCAGGUCUGCUCAGAAUUCAGAGUAGACUAAUUUAGCAGGCCAUCUUAACACAUGUAAGAACAUCCUUAGUAGAAUAGAGAAAAGAUCACAUUCUGGAUUACAAACUAAAAAAUUCCCAUUCAGACCACCGUGCACGCUGCUUUUUAUCGAACGUCUUGACGAUACACCUCACCCAUUGAUUUACACAUGAAGUAUAAUCAUGUAGAUGCAUUUAAAAUAAAAAUCUGCAUAUACAAUAAUAAGUUAGCUUAUUAUUGUGAGUACAGAUUUUUAUUUACAUGCAUUUAAGUCAGGCAAUUCACUACAAAUAGCCUUUUGUGCGAAUGAAUGCAGUUUUGCAUAAUUUGACCAAACGAAUAGGGAACGGUUUAGCAGAUAUUCUGAAACAAAAAUGCAGACAAGAAUUGAAGUUAAUAAUAUCAGAUAAUACGCGGACUACAAUUUGGGCAUAAGCUAAUAAAUCAGCGGUUCCUUAACUUCUGUUAUAAAAGUAUCCCUAUAUAGGCGAUUUAAAUAUAUAUAGACACAUUCGUUCAACUGUGAUUAAUUUUUUUACUAGUCUAAGCUAAGUUUACUACAUCAAUCUAAGUUGCGAAUAUAUCUGACAAGCAUAAAUGCUUUCUUUGAAAGCCCGCAUUGUCUUCCAACACAAAAUUCUGAGCCCGCUUACUUAAAAUUGCGCAAGAAUGUGCACAGAAUAUGUGCUUUUAUUGGGACUCCGGACAUGGUGUUUACAAACACCAAUGGCACAAUCGCUAAGGGGCAAACAACUUUAAAAAUAUCGGGGAGUCAUUUAUUCAAGUACUAUUUUCUACAGGCUAGCUAAAUAAAAAAACCCUCAUUCCGCCUAUCACUUUUACUGUAUGUUUGAGGAUUUUCAACCGUUUGCACAACUUGUAUACCCAUCUGUAAAAUAUUUAUUUCUCAACUACUCGUUUACGUCUAUAUUUAGUGAGUAAAUGUCCCGCAAGAUUUGCCACGUUUUAUUUUAAAAGCUGCAUAUUAAAAUAGAACUCUUCUUGAACAUUCUCUCACCGAUGCCAACUAACUGGGGUCUACUUGCUUAUUUUUUAUCAUAACAGCAUAAUACAGAGUUUUUUUAUUUUGCAAUGGGACACUUUAAUAGCAUACUCUCCAAGUACUUUAAAUAUAAGUAAAGGACUGCACGGUAACAUGCUAUCAUGCAAGGCCUGCUUACAUCAUAAUUAGCUGCAUCUGUUUGCGGCUUUUUUGAGAAGGAAAUAAUAGGUUCCGAUCACAUUUCAUAUUCACAUAGUCAAGCGAUGCUAUACUGACAAGUAGCCCUGCGUGGUAUCAUAAAGUCUGAGACAACAAACUUUUGACAAAAAAAUAUUUGAUGCCAUCUGGCAGAAUUUGCUGUUGUUUGCCUUUGGCGUAUUGUAGAAUACCUUUUAGCACUCCUACAAGGUACCCUAGGGGUUUCAGAAUUGGAGAUACCUAAACAGCCCGAUGUUUUAGGCAUAUCAGUGUUAGCCAAAAUCACACUAUUUCACUCGGACUGUUUAAGCAUACCUUUAUAAAACUCCACAUUUCAAACAUGUUUUCUAUACAUGUUAUCUAGAAGAAAGGCAGGAGUUUACACUGGGGAGAACAUCAAAGCUACAGGUAGGUACAAAUCUUAUUAAAAACAAAUUUUCAAUGUCAAUAAUAAUGAUGCAUUUGUACAAUGAGAGUGAUAUGCUACUAUGCUGCACCACCAAAUAAGUUUAAGGCGAACCCUCCCGCACUGACCGACUUGAUUUGUGUUCCUUGAUGGUUACAGUGGUAUAAAAAUAUAAACAAUGGGAUAAUAUAAAAGGGAUUUUUGUUAUACAAAUUUGCGCAAAAUUCUCAUGACACAAGUGAAUCUCUCCGUUGCAUGCUUGUUACAGUAUUCGUUGAUUAAAAAGAUAUGAAAGUAAGUACAUUUGAAUCAGCACCAGGUCCAAAAAAAUACGUUUUAAAAAAAGAAUAAAGCUAAUUAAAAAGGCCAUUUAUGUUAAAUCAAGUACAAUGUAUGCAGCCAGUUUUUCAGACUGUCCGCGGUAUAUUAUUUACAGCUCAAAUUAUUUUACUUUUGUUAUUCAGCAUUUGAAGCCAUCGGACAAAGCUAUGACAUUGUAGUCACAAUGAAUCCUCCGGAUGCAUUGACGGCCACAUUCAAGGCGUUUAUCGUUCGACAGGAAGGCAAUAAAAAGAGCUGCACAAUGGGUUUAAAGGACAAUAAGCUUUCAUGUGUGAUUUCGCAACUUCUGCCUAAUUCCACUUACCUGGUUGCUCUAGAGGCCUGCACUCAAGAUGAGAUUUGUGUUGCGUACGGCAACAAUCUCAGUGUUCGGACGAGACCUGGAGGUAAGACGUAAAUCACUUUGAGGAUUUGCUUAAAGAGAUCACUUUGAACACAGUUUUAAUUGCUAGAUCAUAGCUAUUUAAGAUUCGCUGUUGCUCUUAAAUAGAUAAAUAAAUAAUAUUGCAAAGGGUCCUUCCAAAAUUUGAUACAUUUUUAGUAAAGAAUGCGAAUGCCGACACUGGUUUUUCCGAGGGUUCAUAGAUUAGAUCUGAAAACUAGUAUUAUUUGCAUAUAAAAAAUUCGCAGUUGCGAUCUACUGACUGUGCAGAAUAACAGAUACUGUGUUUUUUGGUGAUUCCAUGGUUAAUUCUGCUUCAUAUUUCGUUCAGAUAUUGGGCUAGUGACUUGA